AUGUCACCUGAAGACUUUGGAGGAAUAACCUCAUUGAAUAAAUUCUAUUAAAUGAAUGCUAUUGAAAAUAGCUUCAAUGAGGGUAAAUACUUCUAGUAUGUUUAGGCUCAUGACUUUGGAAAGACAGAAAUGGUACUAGAUUUAAAUACAUAUCUCAUUGGCGGGGCUAUGCUGGAAGAGUAGUUUACAACUUCCCCAUUAAUAGACAUUGCUAUUGCAGACUCUAUUGAUUUCACUAAGAUAGGAAAUGGAACCGAUGGACCUUGUGGUAUGAAUGCCUUCUCCCUUAGUUCUUGGAAUUAACCUAGACCUGAUAUCUAAAGUGAUUAUUUAACAUUAACAUCAACAUCAAACACCAAUGUACUUCGACAAUACAGCGAGAUUAAAGUUUAUGCAAAAAUUUUUCAUUCAAGGAAGAAAAUAAACAAGGAAGCUUUUAUGUGA